AUGGCUCUCACGGUGCACCUGAAAACCGUCACCGACCUCCGGGGGAAAGGAGACCGCAUCGCAAAAGUGUCCUUUCGAGGCCUUUCAUUUUACACAAGAGUUCUGGAAAACUGUGAAGAUGAGGCACAAUUUGAUGAGACUUUCCGAUGGCCUGUUGCCAGCAACAUUAAUGGGACUGAAAUGCUGGAGAUCCAAGUUUUCAACUACAGCAAAGUCUUCACAAAUAGGCUAAUUGGGACAUUUGGGAUGGUGUUACAAAAAGUGGUGGAGGAAGGGCAACUGGAAGUGUCAGACACAUUAAUAGAUGACAACAAUACCUCCAUCAGAACCUGCGUCUCCAUCGGGAUAAAGUACCAGGCAAUAGAUGGUACGGUUGGAGUCUGGAACGAAAAUGACUUCUUUGAAAAUCCAAGCCAAAGAUCAGAGCAAGAGGCUACAUUUCAUUUUGAAACAGAUAGUUUACUAUCUGAUGGUGGCCAGAGUCAGGGAUCUGGGGCUUCAGACUGGAGGGAGGCGAAUGUUGUCCCCUUGUUCAAAAAAGCUGGGAAAGGAGUCUUCUCUGGAAUGAAGCUCGGGAAAGCACGCCAUUCAAAAGAUGAUCACAAGAAGGGUCAUGGAGAUGAACCUGCUGUUCUUGAAACAGAAGACCUGGACAGAAAAGGCAAACGAUUUGGAGGAAUGGACCCUGACUCCAUCUCACUGGCAUCUGUCACUGCAGUCACUACCAAUGUUUCAAACAAGAGAUCAAAGCCUGACAUCAAAAUGGAACCCAGUGCAGGCAGACCUCAAGAUUACCAAGUGAGUAUUACAAUCAUCGAAGCAAGGCAGCUAGUGGGAUUGAACAUGGAUCCAGUGGUUUGUGUUGAGAUUGGAGAUGAAAAGAAAUAUACAAGCAUGAAGGAGUCAACAAAUAGUCCCUACUACAAUGAGUACUUCGUCUUUGACUUCCAUGUGUCUCCAGAUGUCAUGUUUGAUAAAAUAGUCAAACUCUCGGUAAUACAUUCCAAAAACCUCCUGCGAAGUGGGACGUUGGUAGGUGUGUUCAAACUUGAUGUAGGAACUAUCUACUCUCAACCAGAACAUCAAUUCUACCAUAAGUGGGCGAUACUCUGCGACCCUGGUGACAUCACUGCUGGGGUGAAAGGUUACGUAAAGUGUGACAUUGCUGUGGUUGGAAAAGGAGAUAAUAUUAAAACACCACAUAAAUCCAAUGAGACUGAUGAGGAUGACAUAGAAGGGAAUUUGUUGCUUCCCGAAGGAGUGCCCUCAGAGAGGCAAUGGGCUCGGUAUUAUGUCAAGGUCUACAAAGCAGAGGGACUGCCAAAGAUGAACACCAGCAUAAUGGCUAAUAUGAAGAAGGCACUCAUUGGUGAAAACAAAGACUUAGUCGAUCCUUUUGUUCUAGUGUCAUUUGCAGGACAGAAGGGAAAAACCACUGUCCAAAAAAACACUUAUGAACCAACAUGGAAUGAACAAAUCAUAUUUACUGAAAUGUUUCCACCCCUCUGUACACGAAUUAAGAUCCAAAUCCGUGAUUCAGACAAAGUGAAUGAGGUUGCGAUAGGAAGCCAUUUUGUUGACCUGAGAAAGAUUGCAAAUGAUGGAGAUAAAGGAUUUCUGCCCACUUUUGGACCUUCCUGGGUGAAUAUGUAUGGCUCCACUCGUAACUACACGUUAAUGGAUGAACAUCAAGAUUUAAAUGAAGGUCUUGGUGAGGGUGUUUCAUUCAGAGCUCGAUUACUUCUCAGUAUUGGCAUGGAAAUCUUGGACACAACUUCAACAGAAAUAAUGAGCUCUACUGAAGUUCAGAUUGAGUCAAUACAACAGUUAUCAGAUAACUCUACAGGAAAAAUUGAGGAGUUUUUCUUCUUUGGUGCCUUCUUAGAAGCAACAAUGCUCGACAGGAGAAUUGGAGAUAAACCAGUAAAUUUUGAGGUUACAAUAGGUAACUAUGGAAACCAAAUUGAUGGAUUAAGCAAGCCAACUAUUCGUAAGAAAAAAGGUGGGGGAGAUGGUGAUGAGGAAGAGUCAGAGCUUCUCCAGAACUCCAGUGAAGAUGAAGCAGAUGAUGAUGGGGACUUAGUUUCUGUGUCCUGCACACCACCAAUGAAACCUGUGAUUACUGACAGAAAUUAUUUCCAUCUACCGUACUUUGAAAAGAAACCUUGCACAUACAUCAAAAGCUGGUGGCAAGACCAACGGAGGCGACUUUACAAUGCAAAUAUCAUGGACAAGAUUGCAGAUAAACUGGAGGAAGGUUUAAAUGAUGUUCAGGAGAUCAUCAAGACAGAAAAGCCACACCCAGAGCGGCGGCUCCGAGGCGUCUUGGAGGAGUUGAGCAGUGGAUGCACCCGUUUUGUGUCUCUGGGAAAUAAGGACCAAAAUGCACUGGGGAGGACAAAGCUGGACAGAGAGCGGCUGAAGACCUGCAUUAGGGAGAUGGAGAACAUGGCACAACAAGCAAAGACAAUGCGAACCCAGGUGAAGAAAAACACAUUCAAGGACAAGAUGAAGCAAGUUCAGAGUUUUCUGCAUAAACUCCGCUUUAUGGCUGAGGAACCUCAACACAGCAUUCCUGACAUUUUCAUCUGGAUGUUGAGCAACAACAAAAGGAUGGCGUAUGCUCGAAUUCAAUCCAAAGACAUUCUGUACUCAGUAGUGGAUGAAGAAACAGGCAAAGACUGCGGAAAAGUUAAGACAGUCUUCCUAAAGCUUCCUGGAAAGAAAGGCUUUGGCACUGCAGGUUGGACAGUUCAGUGCAAAAUAGAGGCCUACUUUUGGCUGGGUCUGAAUAAGCAGAGGAAGGAUUUCCUCAGUGGCCUUCCAAGUGGAUAUGAAGAGAACAAAGCAGUAAAGGGUCCAGGAACACAGUCAAUCCCUCCUAUAAGUCUGACCUACAUCAAAAAACAGCUUUUCCAGCUGAGAGUUCACAUGUACCAAGCACGAAGCCUGUGUGCAGCAGACAGCAGUGGUCUCUCUGACCCAUUCGCACGAGUCUUCUUCUCCACCCAGAGCCAGUGCACUGAGGUUUUACAGGAGACACUUUGCCCAACUUGGGACCAGCUGCUAGUGUUUGACAACAUUGAGUUGUAUGGUGAAGCACAGGAACUGAGAGAUGACCCUCCGAUUGUGGUCAUAGAAAUUUAUGACCAGGACACUGUGGGAAAAGCAGAAUAUAUUGGUAGAACCUUUUCAAAGCCCGUGGUGAAAAUGGCAGAAGAGGAGUACAGCCCCCCUCGAUUCCCUCCUCAAUUGGAGUAUUAUCAGAUCUAUCGAGGGAAUUCAACAGCUGGGGACUUACUUGCUGCUUUUGAGCUCCUGCAGAUUCCUCCUUCUGGAAAACACAAUCUGCCACCAAUUGAUGGUCCAACAGAUCCUGACCGUGGUCCAAUUCUCCCUGUUCCAAAGGGGAUCCGCCCAGUAUUAAGCAAGUACAGAAUUGAGAUUCUCUUCUGGGGGCUCAGAGAUCUUAAGCGUGUGAACCUGGCGCAGGUUGAUCGACCACGAGUUGACAUUGAAUGUGCUGGAAAGGGUGUGCAGUCUGCGGUCAUUCAAAACUACAAGAAAAAUCCAAAUUUUAGCACUUUAGUCAAGUAUUUUGAAGUGGAUUUACCAGAGAAUGAAUUGCUUCACCCUCCCCUUAAUAUCCGAGUGGUGGAUUGUCGUGCGUUUGGCAGAUACACGUUAGUUGGCUCACAUGCUGUUGGCUCCUUAAGGAAGUUCAUCUACAGACCACCUGACAGCAUAGUUCAGAACUGGGCAAAUGCAGCUACAUUGAUGAAUGGAUUCUUGGCAAUGGCAAAUGGGGGCCCAAUCUCUCACUCUGCAGGCGAUAUCAACAUUAACAUGGAAACAGAGGUUCCAGUGAAGAAAACAGAAACUGUAGUCAGGCUGGAUGCUAACUCUGACGCUGUUGUCAAACUUGAUGUGAAUGAAGAUGAGAAAUCGAAAAAGAAGAAGAAAAAGAAAGGAGAGGAAAUAGAAGAAGAGGAGCCAGAUGAAAGCAUGCUGGACUGGUGGUCAAAAUAUUUUGCCUCUAUUGAAACUCUCAUGGAGCAACUCCGACAGCAGGAAGCAGCUGCAGCUGAGGCAGAAGAGAAGGAAGAUAUGGAGAUAGCAGCAGAGGAGAUCAAAAUUGAUGACUCUCCCAUGAAAGGCACAAAACCAUCCAAGGGUAAAGAUAAGGCCAAAGGACAGGAGAAAGAGAAGAAGAAAAAGCAGUUGGAAGUAGUUGAAAAGAAGGACAAAGUGAAAAUUGAUGAAUUACGCGUUUAUCAUAAAGAAUUGGAAACUGAGUUUGGAAAUUUUGAAGACUGGUUACACACAUUUAAUCUUUACCGAGGUAAAAUCGGAGAUGAUGAUGACAAUACAGCAGAUGAUGAACGAAUUGUUGGCCGCUUUAAAGGUUCUGUCUGUGUGUACAAGGUACCUCUACCAGAUGAUAUUGCUCGGGAAGCAGGUUAUGAACCCACGUUUGGAAUGUUCCAGGGUAUCCCAAGCAACGAUCUCAUCAAUGUUUUGGUCAGAGUGUAUGUAGUAAGGGCUACAGACUUACAUCCAGCCGACAUCAAUGGCAAAGCAGACCCAUAUAUUGUCAUAAAACUCGGCAAAACAGAAAUCAGGGACAAGGAGAACUAUAUCUCCAAGCAACUUAAUCCUGUCUUUGGCAAAUCGUUUGACAUUGAUGCCACAUUUCCAAUGGAGUCCAUGCUGACAGUGGCCAUAUUUGACUGGGAUUUAGUAGGUACAGAUGAUCUAAUUGGAGAAACAAAAAUUGAUCUAGAGAAUCGCUUCUAUAGCAAACACAGAGCGACCUGUGGCAUCUCACAGCAAUAUUCAGUUCAUGGAUACAAUGUCUGGAGAGAUCCAAUGGCCCCAACUCAGAUACUAACGAAACUUUGCAAAGAGGGUAAAGUAGACGGGCCUCACUUCGGACCCAGAGGAAGAGUAAAAGUCGCCAACAGAGUGUUUACAGGUCCAACAGAGAUUGAAGAUGAAAAUGGGGUGAAGAAGGAGACUGACGAACACCUGUCCCUGAUUGUCCUGCAGCACUGGGAGCAGGUGCCACGGGUUGGCUGCAAAUUAGUUCCAGAACACGUGGAAACAAGGCCUCUGCUGAAUCCUGAGAAACCAGGCAUCGAGCAGGGCCGUAUCGAACUGUUUGUCGAUAUGUUUCCAAAGGACCAGCCUGCACCAGGAGCAGCAAUUGAUAUAUCACCAAGGAAGCCAAAGAAAUAUGAGCUUAGAGUGAUAGUUUGGAAUACAGAUGAGGUUAUCUUGGAAGACGAUGAUUACUUCACUGGAGAGAAAUCUAGUGACAUUUUUGUCAGGGGCUGGCUGAAAGGGCAGCAGGAAGACAAGCAGGACACUGACGUGCACUAUCAUUCACUGACUGGCGAAGGCAACUUCAACUGGCGGUUCAUCUUCCCCUUUGAUUACCUGAUGGCUGAGGAGAAGAUUGUCAUGUCCAAAAAGGAGUCCAUGUUUUCCUGGGAUGAGACAGAAUACAAGAUACCAGCACGCCUGACUCUGCAGGUCUGGGAUGCUGACCACUUUUCAGCUGAUGACUUCCUUGGUGCAAUUGAAUUGGAUCUGAACAGGUUCACCCGAGGAGCAAAAACGGCCAAGCUCUGUACAAUUGAAAUGGCUACAGAUGAAUCUUCAUUCCCCAUGGUCUCCAUCUUUAAGCAGAAGAGGGUGAAGGGUUGGUGGCCAUUUGUUGCCAGAAAUGAAAAUGAUGAAAUGGAGCUUACGGGUAAGGUGGAGGCUGAGCUGCACUUGUUGACAGCAGAGGAAGCUGAGAAAAGUCCUGCAGGCCUGGCUCGAAAUGAGCCAGAACCACUGGAGAAGCCAAAUCGACCAGACACAUCUUUUAUAUGGUUUCUCAAUCCAUUGAAAUCCAUCAAAUACCUCGUCUGCAACAGAUAUAAGUGGCUUAUUGUGAAGAUUAUUCUGGCUUUGCUAUUGGUGAUCAUGAUAGGCCUGUUUCUCUACAGCAUGCCUGGUUACAUGGUGAAGAAGCUACUUGGUGCAUGAAUCACCAUUCCUUGUGGAUUACCGAUGACAUGAUAUAUUUAAAAAUCAAUUCUCAGUGUGUGAAUGUUAGUAGAUAAGGGUCUAAAAAUUUCUGGCGAGUCACUUGUGAAAACUUUAUCUACACCUCAGCAAUCCAUCAUUUUUUGUGUGUGCAGUGUCCAGCUAUCCUGGAUCAAUGUUUAAGGAACCGAUUAAUGUUAUUUUCAGUUCUUGAUUUUCAUUUGUAAGUACAAUGUGCUUGCAUGGUUUUGAGCUUUAGUAAUUCUCAAAGAUUACAUGACUAUCAAUUUGGUUGAGCAAUUUCAAGUUUUCUUUUGUAUGUUAAAAAAAAGUUUUGACGGAUGCAUGUUGUCUACUCACCGAUCUGGAAAAAAGCUACAAAAAAUUGAUUAUUGGCCAUUUCAUUUCACUGGUGUUGAUAUUUUCAGAACUCACGUUACAAAAUCUACAGCACACUAGAAGGUAAAUUUUCAGUCUGCUCUUGUCUAAACAUACCUCAUCCUGGAAUUCGGGGAGGGGGGGCAAAAAAAUCAUACGUCUUCUCAUGUAUUCUUAUAAUUAGCACUUGAAGCUAGCAAGCAAAAGUACAACCCAGUAGCUGUCAACUGAUGGUUGAUAAAUGUACUGUACAUUUAUCAACCAACAGAUUCUGUUCUUUGCCUUUAAACAGACAUUCUUACGCUCCCACUCCAUGACUACAUGUUGCAUUCAUGAUUUUCUGAAUUCCCCACAAGAAUCUAAAUCUAUCAAUUUUUAAAAAUGUGAUGUUACCCAAUUAACACAAAUGGAUCAAGACAACUUCUUUCAGUAGACUACAAACCUCCAUCUGGAAGGGCAAUGAGAGCAGUGUCUGAAUGUUUUUAAUGGGUCACUAAACAAAGUCUUCAGCUGGAAGGAGAUGAGAGAUUACAAUUAGAUCCACUUAAGUACAUACAGUGAACAGGUAUCUGCAAUUCACCUAUUCAGGAUUUAACUAACAUUGGACUAGGUAUUUCUGGUCAUGAGAAACAAACUCACAUGGAAAUCCAACAAAUACAUGAGGUCACAAGAGUAUAUUUAGCUGCAGCCAUACUAACAGACCAAUCUCUAACCUUUCAACUCACAAAACAAAGUAGCACUUUACAAGUUUGAUUGCACCGAGGUAAAUGGCAGACAGCAUGUCCUCCAAAAUACUCAUUGCUGUUUUAAUUGGUUGUUGCCUCUUUGUAAAACAUUCCUUAUUGUGUACAUUGUGAAAUUAUGAAAGUACAAUUUUAUGUCCACAAAAAACUAUCAAGUUCAAUUUUUGCCUUUCUCUUUGUUUGGAUCUUUGUGUAAUUAAUUUUUGGUUUCUGUUGUGAGAACAAUGCACUUAAAUAUUGAUAUUUAAAAUAAAGUUUUAAAAACUGCAUCAACAUGUGGCUACCCAGCUUUUGAAGGUUUAUGUCAAUUGUAUUAAUUAUUCAUUUGGUGGAAUUCUGAAAUGACCAGAUUACCUCCUGAACUGAAGAUGAUCCUCUUCUUGUUGGUCCUUGGCUUAUUAGAGCUGAUCUUACCAAAAACAUAAGACAGUUUCAAAGGAUAUUUACAAGGAUCAUGUUUUCCCAUUCUGUUGUGUCUCAGCUUGGCUUCACUCUUGACAUGGAAGGGGGUGGUGGUGUUAGAUACUAUAUUCAAUGGUUCCAUUUUAUAUUAGAGAAUAUAUACAACCUGAAAUCCUUACUCUUCACAGAUAUCCAUGAAACACAAAAAAAUCCCAAUGAAUGGAUGACAAAAAGAAUGUUAGAACCCCAACGCCCCCCUCCACAAAAGCAUC